AUGGAGAAUUUUCUUAGUCGAAAAAUGUCGGGUCGGGGAAAAACACUCGGAUCUGGCGCGGCGAAGAAGUCUACUUCCCGUAGUAGCAAGGCGGGGCUUCAGUUCCCUGUGGGUCGUAUCGCUCGGUUCCUCAAGGCCGGUAAAUACGCCGAGCGUGUUGGUGCCGGAGCUCCGGUCUAUCUCGCCGCCGUUCUCGAAUACCUCGCCGCUGAGGUACUUGAGCUCGCUGGGAACGCAGCAAGAGACAACAAGAAGACCCGGAUUGUUCCUCGACACAUUCAGCUUGCUGUGAGGAACGACGAGGAACUAAGCAAACUACUUGGAGACGUGACCAUUGCCAAUGGAGGAGUGAUGCCUAACAUCCACAACCUCCUUCUCCCCAAGAAGACUGGCCCUUCCAAGCCUACUGAUGAAGAUUAG